UGACGUCACCAGGAGUAUAUAAGGGAGGCGGCGAGAUCAACCGCAGCAGUCCAGCUCCAUCAUCCACAGGGAGAAGAGGCCUCCUUAGCUCCUCUUACAGUGACACACCUCCCUCAAGUCCGCAAUGGUGGCCUACAGAAUGACCUCGACGGUGGCGCUGGUGGUGGUGGUAGCUCUUGGCGCCUCGAUCCUCAUCCUCCCCCACGCACACGCCCGUUCAGCAGAAGGGUUCGGGCGCAUGGAGAGGCUGUUGGGUCAACUGAGAGGCGGUGCGGACUCCUCAGCAGCGUUGGGAGAGCUGAGGGUAGCCGGGGAGGGACCAGCCGGCCACCCUCUGGAUAAACGCCAGGCCUACGACCGCUCCUGCAAGGGCAUCUACGACAGGUCUCUCUUCAGCAAGCUUGAACACGUGUGCGACGACUGCUUCAACCUCUACCGCUCGUCCCAUGUCGCUAGUGGCUGCAGGAGAGACUGUUUCGACAAUGAUAUGUUUGAGUACUGUGUGAAGGACCUUCUGCUGGAAAACCCCGAGCAGUUGAUCCGCAUUAGGGACGCUGUCAGAGGAUAAGAUGCCGGGAAAACUGCUACAGCAACCUCGUCUUCCGCCAGUGCAUGGACGAUCUUCUCUUGAUGGACAUGUUCGACGAAUAUGCCAAGGCCAUCCGGGUGGUUGGCAGGAAGAAGUAAACACACAGACAUAAUUAUAUUGAUUGUUUAACCCUCUCAGAGCCAUGGCGUCCUCCUAACGAGCGAAGGAAAAUGUGGAAAAUACGCGUGGAUGUUUUUUUUUUUCUUGUCGAUGUUUUGAAGGCGUGAGCAAGCAGUAAGUAUUUUGGCCAUAUUUUAGCCAUCUCCGUCACAGCGUCCUCGAAAUAGUGGAAGUUAGCACGGAAAAUAGAAGCAAAAAAGGAAGGGUAUCGGUUAGCAUGUCAACGGUUUGAAGGAGUAAACAAACAUAUGUUAUUGUUUUCCUUGUCGACGUUUUGAAGAUGUAAACAGUAAUAUUAUCCUUGGGUCACAUUUUAAGUAAGCCUCACAGAAAGCCACAUCGUCUUCGAAACAUGGAAAGAUAACAACGAAGUGAGAGAAAAAAAUGAGAACAGGUAUUUUUCUUUCAUAUCCAUUUUCAACGAUCCCAGAACAACAAACCAAGCACUGUUUGAUAUGACGUAAUUAACCCUCUCAUUCAUUCCCCCACGCAGUCGUCCGUCCUUUUGGAAUUAUUGUAUACGUUUUGAGUGAUAUUUCAAACAUUCCAAAUCUCUGGAUUCCUAAUUCUGGUGUUUUAGGAUAUUUUCUUUAUCACAUGCCUCCCUUUAAAUAUUCCUGCCCUCCACCCCCUUAAGUUGGUUUCUUUACUCUAGUCAUUUGUAUCAUUAAGGAAAGGAAUUAUUUUCAUACGCGCGCGAGCCUGAGAGACGUACGUGACCGUGUUUUAUUUAUUGACCGAACGUGAACGUGUGUGAAUGGCGCUUUGUAACUUAUAGGUCUUCAUGAUAUUCAGUUUACGUGGCUUUUGAAACUGGAGAACAUCUAUGGCUUAGCAAACUUGGAAGGAGCUUAUUGAUAUCUCUAAAGAGUUUAUAUAUUUUCUUAGAAUCCAUAUAUAUUUUUGGAUUGUAAACGUAUAUAUUUCUAUUAGUAUAUUUUUCUAGGAGUCUGUACUUCUGAGGAAUUUAUAUAUAUCUAAGAAUCUACAUAUUUCUAAAGAUUCAUAUAGUUCAAAGGAAUUUAUGUUUUUUUAAUAAUUGAUAUAUUUCCACGACUUUCAUAUGUUUCUAAGAAUUUGUAUAUUUCUAAGGAAUCUUUAUAUUUCUAACGGAAUUUAUAUACUUCUAAGAAUUCAUAUAUUUCCAAAAAAUAUAUACUUUUAAGGAAUUUAUAUGUUUCUAAGAACUUAUAUAUUUCUAAAGAUUCAUAGAUUUCUAAGGUAGCUAUAUUUCAGAGGAAUUUAUAUAUUUCUAAAGAUUUAUAUAGUUCUAAGGAAUUUAUAUAUUACUAGAGAAUCCAUCAAACUUUAAACAAACCGACACUGAUGAAGUCUGGUAUCUAUAAAGCUCUUCAAAUGGAAAACGUCAACAGCUUCGCCAGUCCCGAAUGGGCUCAUAUAGUUUUCUAAGUUCCCAAGACUUUAGAACAUCCAAGAGACCACAAAUACUGCCUUGCAGACUUAGAAUUACCUGAUAUAUAUGAUUAGAAGAGUUAAUCAGCCUUAGAACCUCCAGAACCUCACUGUUAUAGCCUAGCAUAUUUAUAAUUAGUUGAUCAAUACUU